AUGAAACUUGUUUCAUUCAUAUUUCUGCUUACUAUAAUAUUGUUGGAAGUAAAACUAUGUCUCUGGGAAGACCUAGCAUUCUUUCAGAAAGUAAUAUUAAACUAUCUGUUUCCUAAGGAUCUCAAUAUAGUGAGAGUAAGGAAGUUAGAAGAAGUCAAAACAGUGUUUCAGAACAAUAUAAUGAUAUUGGAUUUUAUCGGUUUGGUAGAGAGAUAUGGCUACCUUGCCGAGGAACAUUACGUUACAACGGAAGAUGGUUAUAACUUAGUAAUACAUAGAAUGUCAGGAAAUCCUAUAUCUAAGAGUCAAAAUACAAGAAAAGUUGUGUUCCUUAAAAAUGGUCUGUUUGGUUCAUCUGAUAUGUGGGUGUUUUCCGACAAAAGCCUUGCGUUUUUAUUAGCUGAUGAAGGAUAUGAUGUAUGGCUCGGAAAUUCUAGGGGAAAUACUUAUUGCAGAUCGCAUGUAAAACUAUCUCCACGAAACAAGGACUUUUGGAAAUUUAGCUAUCACGAGAUAGGAACGAGGGAUCUGCCAGCUAUGAUUGAUUAUGUACUUAAUUACACAAAUCAAAAAACUCUGCAUUAUAUCGGUCUCUCGAUGGCAAAUACUGAAUUAUUCGCCUUAUUAUCCAUAAGACCCGAAUACAACGCAAAAAUAAAAUUGGGAAUUUGCUUUGCUCCAAUCGCUAUUUGGAAAGAAAUACCUCUUCUAUUGGAAUAUAUUUUCUACUGGAAUAAUAUGAUACUAAACUUCAAGAAAGUUCUUGAUUCUAAUGAAAUAUAUGAAAUAGCCUCUUUAUCAUCGACGACUAUUAUGGUGGGAAGGACACUGUGUGCAGAUAAAACAAUUAUUCAGGAUGUCUGUACUGUAAUAUUAUCUCUAAUAGGCGGAUUCAGUCUAGCGCAACUUAACACUACGAUGUUAUCAGAAAUCUUACCGAUUUUUCCGGCCGGAUCUUCAGUGCAAUCACUACAUCAUUUUUACCAAAAUAUGAUUGCAAAGAAAUUUCAAGCCUAUGAUUAUGGGUAUUUCGACAAUUACAAGCAAUAUAGACAAAUAACUCCCAUAAUAUAUGACCUUAACAAAAUUACUGCGCCUUUAACUAUAUAUUACGGCGCUAACGAUUUGCUUGCUACAAAAGCGAAUGUCCUCGAGAUAUGUAAACACCUACCGAAUGUCAUCCUGCUAGAGGAAAAUAAAUUAUUUAAUCAUUUCGAUUAUAUAUUGGCCGUUGAUGUUAAAACUAUGGUAUAUGAUCACGUAAUGGAACUACUUCAAGAAUUUAAUAAUAAGAUAUAG